GUCUGGGUGCACCUAGACGUUUUUUCUGAACGCAGCCCUGAUGUGAAUUGAACUACUGCUGAAUUGGUGCAGCUAAAAAGAACAAACCUAUUCAGUGAUCAAACUUGAAAUAGCAGGUGGCAUGAUGAAUAGGUUAAGUUUAGUUUUUCAAAAAUUUGAACAAGUAAUUCAAACGAUUUUUGGGCGUGGUUUUCCUCCAGAAAAUGCGCUAUGUGCAGUCAACUGCAAUAGUCUUCUGAACGAACCGAAACCGAUAAAUCUCGGCAAUAGCUCUUUAAAAGAGAUUUUCGAAAAUGGCAUUUUAUGGGCGGUUCCAAAGCAUCGACGUAGUCUGGAAAUAAGAUAUAAAAGGAGAUUUGGAGUAGAGAAAUAUUUUUGGAAGCCACCCAUUGUAAAAACUAAUAUAUUGAUGUGUCCGAAUUGUGGUCAUGAUUAUGAAGCUGGUCGUUUAUGUGCACACUGCUAUGAAAAAGUAAAACUAGAGACUAAAGAAAUGCAAGAUGCCAUUCAAAAGGAGCUAGGUCUAAAGCCAGUAGAAGAGAACGUAAUUGUAUUAUAUGAUGGAGAAAAAGACUCUAAAACAGAAGAAUUUUGGAAGAAUCAGAGGAUAAUUGAGAUGCCAAAGAAAAGGCCAUCGUGGUUUCACCAAAACUUGUUGGAGCCAACAACACAGGAGCCAUCAGACAAAAAGGAGGUUAAACCUACUCGUCUUGCAUAAAGUGUAUAUGAAAUCAGACUUAAAAUUUUUUGUAGACAAAAGCCGGGACACACGCCCGUCGAUGUGAGUAAAUACCUAAAAUGUUCGAAGAUUAAAAAUAUUCUCGUUCUUUAUUA